UUGCUCCGGACAGCUAAUCUGUAAAGAGACGAAGAAGAGCAGCUGCAGUGUCGCUCCUCCGCCGCUGGGGGUCAGUGCGUGGCGCUCGCUCGGCUCUAUCGGCUCGACUUCCGGUCGGGCUCUUCUUCUUUCUCUUCCGCUCUCCGGAUCAUCAUGGGCCGCGUCAGGACCAAGACGGUGAAGAAGGCCGCUCGGGUCAUCAUCGAGAAGUACUACACCCGGCUGGGCAGCGACUUCCACACCAACAAGCGCGUGUGCGAGGAGAUCGCCAUCAUCCCCAGCAAGAAGCUGCGCAACAAGAUCGCCGGGUACGUCACACACCUGAUGAAGCGCAUCCAGAGAGGUCCAGUCAGAGGAAUCUCCAUCAAGCUGCAGGAGGAGGAGCGUGAGCGCAGAGACAACUACGUGCCCGAGGUCUCCGCUCUGGACCAGGAGAUCAUCGAGGUCGACACUGACACCAAGGAAAUGCUCAAGCUUCUGGUGAGAAUCGUUCAGUCCCUCGUCAGGACUUUCGGCAGCCUGUCCAAUCUUCAGGUGACCCAGCCUCCGGUCGGCAUGAACUUCAAGACCCCCUCGCGCGGCGUCUAGACAUUUGUAAUAUAUCUCUUAAUAAAACCUGUGGAAAACCAA